AUGAACCAACCAUUGGACACUCAAUCAGAUACUCCUUUAUUCAAUACACCUCCUACUGAACCAAAAGAAAUUCAACCCGAUAAGUUCCACAUUAUAAAAGAUCUUAAUAAUCAAAAAAGAAAACUUAUUUACCGUAAAUUACUUCAUUAUGAUAAUGCACAACUUUCUUUAGAAGAAAUGAAAAUGAAUACACAAAUUAAUAAAUAUGAGUAUUAUUCUUUAGUACAUAAAUAUUAUACACUUUCUUGUAAAAAAGUUAAGGAAUUUUCAAAUACAACUUCUGAAGGAUAUUCUUUAUAUCUUCUUAAAGCAUUAAAUAAUAAUAAAAUUUUUGAUAGUAUAAAAGGGUAUGAUAAACAAGAUAUUAAACUUCUAGAAAAGAUUGAUAUGGAUCUUGCUCGUGUAACAAAUACAUUUUGUUCUAAAGUUUGUUAUUUUUCUUCUUAUUAUAUUUGUUUUUUUUUUUGUUAUUAA